UUUCUUUCUCUCUCUCUCUCUCUCUUUUCUCACUAGCUCAGCUCUCACGAAUACACCCACUUGGUCCAUUUGGAGAGCUUCAUCGAGUUAUUGGGUUGUGGAAUUUUGCUGGGUUUUGGUGAGUGGAGGAAGAAAGGCGUUGUCUUUAAGCUUCUGGGGAUUUUGGGGGGUUUUGAAUUUGGGGUUUGAUGAAGUUUGGGGGAUUUUGAAGUUGUUUCUGUGGUGAAUUUGAAGUUUAUGUUGCUAAUUUAUGGUUAUGGUAGCUGGGUCGGUGCUUGAUUGAGGUAUUAGAAUCUAGGGUUUUUGAUGAGUUCUGCAACUCUAGAGCUGUGAUUGAUUAGUUGUUUGAUUGUGGGAGUGUAGCGUUGGGUUUACGCGAUGUGGAAUUUGAGUUGCUUGAGAAAGGUGUGAGCUUGCUUGGUUUGAGUCGAUUGUGUUAAAGAGGAUUUGGGGAAAGCAAUAAAAUGGCGAUGCAGUCCAACACAGGGUUUCUGCAUGAUGAGACUUUUGGGUAUGGCUUGAACCGACACGCCAUAUCUUUCCAGUCUGGAGCUAUAAACAGCAGCUCGGAGAUGUUUCCGAUGGGGAGUUACUACAGUGCUGACCAUGGGAUGGGGAUGGGAGUGGGGAUGGGGAUGGGGAUGAUGUUUUCUCCGAAUUCGGGGCCAGCCAUGAGCAUGGUCAACCACCGUCCUGUAAUUAGUCAACCUGUGAACUCAUCAGGAGCUUCUCUCCUUCUUGAUUCCGCGCCGGGGCUCAAGCAUGACACAGGCUUGGCAGUCGAGUGGUCUAUGGAGGAGCAGUACAAAUUGGAGGAGGGCCUUGUCAAAUUUGCUGAUGAACCAAGUACUAUGAGAUAUGCUGAUGAACCAAGUAUUAUGAGGUACAUAAAGAUUGCUGCAACCUUGCGUGAUAAAACUGUGCGUGAUGUUGCCUUGAGGUGUAGGUGGAUGACGAGAAAGCGGAGGAAAGCUGAAGACCAUACUACGGGAAAGAAGGGCAACAUUCGGAAGGAUAAACUGGUAGAAUCAUCCUCCAAGAUAAGCAUACCCUCAGCUCCACAAUACAAUAUGGCUGCGUAUUCUCGUAUGAUGCAUCGAAUGGACCAGAAUGAGCGCUUGCAGUGUGAAGGAAUAAGUGGGACGGCCAAGCAGUUAUUGGACCAAAAUGCUCAGGCUUUUAAUCAAAUCACAGCCAACCUUUCUACGUACAAGUUACAGGACAACAUUGACCUAUUUUCCUGUACAAGGAACAACUUAAAUGACAUCUUGAAUGACAUGAGAGGUAUGCCUGGCCUAAUGAGCCAAAUGCCCCCGCUGGACGUAUGCAUAAAUGAGGAUCUUGCUAAUCGUGUUACCUUGCGUAGUUCAACUUAGACAAAUCAACAUCCUGACUUCCUGGACUGCCUCAUUGUCUGAGCGCACUGUGUAUGAGUUUGCUUUUUUGGCGGGGAAGCAGAGUUGCAGAUAUCUGAUGAGGCUUAUGCAGAAACCUACUCAAUUCUUGGCCUCACUGUCAUUUGAUCUUAGUGCUUCCAUCCCUGGAUCCUUGUCUUGUGUCUAAAAAUAUAUUAUGUACCCUUAUUCUCAUUGUGCAGGAAAUAAAUUAGUAUAAAAGUAUAGUUGCAGCUGCAGGAACUUUUAUUGUAAAUUUCAAUUCAUAAUUGCUAAUUGUACCCCUUCACUUCUGUUGGCUAGCAUGGUUUGAUUUGUUGGUUUGACUCCUUUACCUUGAUGAAGUACUUCGUAGUUGGAUAACUGUGUAAAUCCGUAAAUUGAGACGUGAAGAUAAUCAGGUCUUGUUGAAUACGAAAUGUGACAUUUCAUUGGGAUUGCUUUGAUGUUGUGAAUAUGAGUAGGCUGAAUAGCUAUCUUUUGAUUAA